AUGGUUUCAGCACUUGACUUAAAAGCAUUGAACAUCUUCCUCAAUGGACCAAUUACUCACGAUAUGAUUCACAAGUUGGUUGUUGCUACGUUGCAAGUCAUUCCAUGCAAAGACACCAAGUCACAAACUUACACUACUACAAAUAACACAGUCAAACAAUUGCCUUCUUUGAUGACUUUUCUCACCAAAUUGAUCAAAUACACCAAUGUAUAUACUGGUACCUUGAUGGCUACCUUGGUUUAUUUGCAAAAAUUGAAAACCAAGUUGCCUAAAAACGCUCAAGGAUUGCCAUGUACCAGACACAGAAUCUUAUUAAGUUGUUUAAUCUUAUCAAGCAAAUUUCACAACGACUCCAGUCCAAAAAACAAGCAUUGGGCUAAAUACACAGACGGUUUGUUUAAUGUGAAAGACAUCAAUCUUAUGGAAAGACAAUUGAUUUACUUGUUGAACUGGGAUUUGAAGGUUACAAACGAAGAAAUGGUUGAAGUAUUGGGAUCAUUCUUGGAGCCAGUUAGAGCUCAAAUCAUCAAGCUGGAAAAGAUCAAAUUGUGGAAACAACAACAAGCUCAACAACAAAAACAACUAUAUGCUUCUGCUACUGCAACUGCUGCAAUUGGUGCUCCAGCCUCUGCUACUCCAGCUUCUGCAUACCUUACUCCAUCAUCAUCGUCAAGAUCAAGCUCAGUCAGUCCAUCAAGCUCAUCUACAAGCUCCAACUCAUUGUACAAUCAAUUACACUAUAGACAAGAUUCACAAAGCUCAAUUUCAUCAAUCAGCUCCUCAAAAUCAAACAAUUCACUCUACUCCACAAGAUCAAACUCCACAUCAGGCACUUCAACAUGCUCAGUAUCGCCAUUGCCACCAACUACAUCGGCAACCACUAGUAAUGGAGGUCUUGUUGAGAAAAAGCCACAACCUAGUCAUCAUCAAUACAUGGUUGAUCCACUUAUUGAAUUUGCUGCCAUGAAGGAAGAGAUUGAGUUGAAUAAUUUGUUGAAAAAGUUCAGCAAGUCUUCAAUUUAA